AUGCAAGAAAAAUACUAUGUAUACCAGUACUAUGUAUACCAGUACUAUGUAUACCAGUACUAUGCAUACCAGUACUAUGUAUACCAGUACUAUGUAUACCAGUACUAUGCAUACCAGUACUAUGCAUACCAGUACUAUGCAUACCAGUACUAUGCAUACCAGUACUAUGCAUACCAGUACUAUGCAUACCAGUACUAUGUAUACCAGUACUAUGUAUACCAGUACUAUGUAUACCAGUACUAUGCAUACCAGUACUAUGCAUACCAGUACUAUGCAUACCAGUACUAUGCAUACCAGUACUAUGUAUACCAGUACUAUGCAUACCAGUACUAUGCAUACCAGUACUAUGUAUACCAGUACUAUGCAUACCAGUACUAUGCAUACCAGUACUAUGCAUACCAGUACUAUGCAUACCAGUACUAUGCAUACCAGUACUAUGCAUACCAGUACUAUGCAUACCAGUACUAUGCAUACCAGUACUAUGCAUACCAGUACUAUGCAUACCAGUACUAUAAUGAAAAGUUUUACUACAAUCUAACUGAUUUGCAAAUGUCAGACUCUGAGUUGGAAGAAAGAUAUGAGGCUAUAGACGAUAUACUAAUGACAGGAGACAAGCUAAGUAGGUAG